AUGCCUCCACCAGGCAUGAUGCCACCACCUGGUAUGCCACCACCAGGUAUGCCACCGCACGGUGUCCCUCCACCGAAUAUGGCGUCUCCAGGUGUGCCCCCGCGACCAAUGUCCAUGCCCAUGAUGCCUCCACCCGGCGUUCCCCCUGUGGCACCCGUCAGACCUGCCAUUCCGCCCGUUCCUUCAUCCAAACAAGAGAAUCUGAACACCACCCCCAAUCGUACCGUCUAUGUCAGCAAUCUCAAUGAAAAAGUCAAACUCGAUGUGUUAAAGAACACAUUGCGUACCUUGUUUAAGCAAUUCGGAGAAGUAUUGGAUGUAGUUGCGCACAGGAAUAUUCGCAUGCGAGGACAAGCUUUUGUGGCGUUCCCUGAUGCUGAAAGUGCCGAAAAGGCGAUCAAGGAAUUGCAACAUUUUGUACUUUACGGCAAGCCAAUGGUUGUGCAAUUUGCUCGCGAGAAAUCCGACAUACACGCGAAAAAAGAUGGUGACUUUGAAGAACACUAUAAAAAACGCAUUGUGAAGAAAGAGGAAACAAAGAAGUUGCCGCUUCCUGGAUCGCACAAGCCGACGUUCAAAGCCGGUGGUCAGGCUGGCAUUGGCGCGGGUCAGAUUUCCGAUGAAAUGUUAUCACCCAACAACAUUCUGUUCUUGCAACGUCUUCCGGAAGAUGUUGCACAGCAAACCUUGGUGGAUCUGUUCCAACGAUUCCCUGGUUUCAAGGAAGUGCGUCUGGUCCCCACAAAGAAGGGCAUUGCCUUUGUGGAAUAUGAAAACGAAAUUCAGGCGUCGCUUGCCAAAACCGAGUUGUCCGGUCAUCCAUUGGAUGCCGAUCACCUCAUGAAAAUCACUUUUGCUAGAAAAUAA